ACGCCAAGCUGGAGGGCUUUCCACAGCUCCUACACUGGUUCCGCAUUGUCAACAUCCGCAAGGAGGUCAUGGAGGAAAUAACUCCUGGCCAGUUGAGCCUGGAGGACCUUCUGGAAAUGACCGACGAGCAGGUCUGCGAGACGGUGGAGAAGUUUGGGGCCAACCGGGAGGAGUGUGCUCGGCUCAACGCCUCCCUCUCCUGCCUCAGGAGCGUCCAUAAAUCAGGUGGUAGUCUUUCCAAGCAAGAUUGGACCAUCCAGUGGCCAACGACAACUGAGACCGGCAAGGAGAAUAAUCCCGUGUGCCAAUCAGAAUCCAUGCAGUGGAUUCGAACUCACCUCUCUCUGAGCCCCAAAGCUCAGUCCAAAUGCAUCCAGCAUUUCUGCCACUCGGGCUUGACGCAUGGACCGGUCUAUACCCACAUGGACAGGCUGACGGUGGAAGGCUUUCCGGGGCUGUGCCCCCCACUGGAAUCCGGCCCCCGCUCCUUGCCCCCCUCCCCGCGACAGCGGCAUGCUGCCCACACUCCUCCACGAACCCCUAACAUCAUCACCACCAUGACUCCACCAGGCACACCACCAAUCAGGAGGAGGAACAAGGUGAAACCCCCAGGCACACCGCCCCCUUCCUCCCGGAAACUGAUCCACCUUUUCCCGGGCUUCACCACUUUGCAUCGCAGCAAGUCCCAUGAGUUCCAGCUGGGCAAUCGGGUGGACGAGGUUCACACACCCAAAGCAAAGAAAAAGAACAAGCCGCUGAACCUCAAGAUCCACAACAGCGUGGGGAGCUGUGAGAACAUCCCUGCCCAACGCUCUCCCCUCCUCUCUGAGCGGUCCCUGCGGUCUUUCUUUGUCGGACAUCCGCCUUUCCUUCCUUCCACCCCUCCCGUCCACACGGAUGGCACCUUCUCCACUAAUACUCUCUCAGUGCCUCGCUGGUCCCCACAAAUUCCUCGGCGGGAUCUUGGAAACUCAAUCAAACACAGAUUUUCCACCAAGUAUUGGAUGUCUCAGACAUGCACCGUCUGUGGAAAAGGGAUGUUAUUUGGACUGAAAUGUAAAAACUGCAAGCUAAAGUGCCACAACAAAUGUACCAAAGAGGCCCCACCGUGUCAUCUGCUGAUCAUCCACCGUGGAGCAAGGUUAGUCCGGACAGAAUCUGUGCCAUGUGAUAUUAACAACCCAUUGCGAAAGCCCCCCAGAUACGCAGACCUGCACGUCAGCCAGACCCUUCCCAAAACCAACAAAAUCAACAAGGAUCACAUUCCAGUGCCCUACCAGCCUGAUUCCAGCAGCAACCCCUCCUCGACGACAUCCUCGACGCCCUCCUCACCAGCUCCGCCUCUGCCCCCCAGCGCCACGCCGCCAUCUCCCUUGCACCCCUCCCCACAGUGCACGCGGCAACAGAAGCAAUUCAACUUGCCAGCUUCCCAUUACUACAAAUACAAGCAGCAAUUCAUCUUCCCAGAUGUUGUGCCCGAGACGCCUGCCCGAGCACCCCAGGUCAUCCUCCAUCCGGUGAAUUCUAACCCAAUCCUGGAAGGAAAUCCAUUGCUUCAAAUUGAAGUGGAGCCAACCUCCGAGAAUGAACAGGGAAAGGACGAGGAAUCAGAGGAUGAUUUCGAGGAGAUGAACCUCUCGCUCCUCUCUGCCCGCAACUUCCCCCGCAAGGCCAGCCAGACCAGCAUCUUCCUGCAGGAGUGGGACAUUCCCUUUGAGCAGCUGGAGAUUGGUGAGCUGAUUGGCAAUGGCCGCUUUGGACAGGUCUUUCACGGCCGCUGGCACGGCGAGGUGGCUAUCCGCCUGAUCGACAUUGAGCGGGACAAUGAGGACCAGCUGAAGGCCUUCAAGAGGGAAGUGAUGGCCUACAGGCAGACGCGGCAUGAGAACGUGGUGCUGUUCAUGGGGGCCUGCAUGAGCCCUCCCCACCUUGCGAUCAUCACCAGCUUGUGCAAAGGAAGGACCCUCUACUCGGUGGUGAGGGAUGCCAAAAUUGUUCUGGAUGUCAACAAAACGAGGCAGAUUGCUCAAGAGAUCGUCAAGGGAAUGGGCUAUCUCCACGCCAAGGGCAUUCUCCACAAAGACCUCAAGUCUAAAAAUGUUUUCUAUGAUAAUGGAAAGGUGGUGAUCACGGACUUCGGCCUCUUCAGCAUAUCAGGAGUUCUGCAAGCAGGCAGGAGAGAGAACAAGCUGCGAAUCCAGAAUGGCUGGUUGUGCCACUUAGCCCCGGAAAUCAUACGCCAGCUCUCGCCUGACACAGAAGAAGACAAGCUGCCUUUCUCCAAACAGUCGGAUGUCUUUGCACUUGGGACAUCCUUCUUUUUUGCUGGGCCUUUGAGCAGGAGGAACGGCCGACCUUCACCAAGCUCAUGGACAUGCUGGAGAAACUGCCAAAGCGGAACCGUCGGCUUUCCCACCCCGGCCACUUCUGGAAGUCAGCAGAGCUGUGAUGGAUGGUUCAGAGGGAUGGUGCCUUUCUUACACCUUUCUUCAUCUCCUCAACCUCCUGCUCCUCCUCUCAUCCUCCUUGCUCCGUGAGAAGGGCGGAGGGGUAAAGCAACACGUGGAAGCGCUCCCGAGACCAAGAGACACCCCCUCGCUCUGAUCCCUGGAAGGGACACGGUGCCCAGCUAGCCAGAGCAGCACCAUGCUCUGCUCCCAGGAGUCUUGAAGGAUCCCAUGUGUGGAUGAAGAUUGGGUUGGAAGUACACGCAGCAGAUGAUGCAUAGUCCCGAGGGGCCAGCAAGGAUCCUCUGCCUGCCCUUCAGGCGCAAACAACACUGGAAGGCCUGUGGGCAGCAGGCAGCCUCCAACACCCUCCCUGGUGGCCAGCUUCUUUUUUUAAAAAGCCGGGUCAACAAGGCGCUUCGUAAGAGAGUCAACUGUUUCUUAGCACCUUGUGAACAUCCUCUGAAGCUGACCUAGGAGGAAUGUGUGGGUGUAUGUAAUAUUUUGUUUUCAUUUUAUUCAAUUCUUCGGGAGGGAAACGCUGCUCCGUCUCCUGUUUUGUUCCAGCAAGUGGCAGAAGUGGGGUUUCCAGCACAGGGGUGGGUUUGGGUAUCUCUGAGAGCUUUCAAGAACUCCUAAAGCAGGGGUGGGGAACCUCAGCCCCAGCUUGAACGUGGCCCUCCAGGCUUCUCUAGCUGGCCCUCGGAACUCUGCCCAAGCCACCCCUCCCAGGCCACACCCCCCACUGGACCUGCUCUGCAACCUUAUUCAGUCAUUUCUACUGGGCUUGAAUGCAUCUUUGAACAGUGGUAAUAACUUUUGCUUUGCCUGGCUGGAAGAUAGAGAGUUGAGGGGGGGAUCUGGCCACACCACCACUGGUAUGCGCCCCCCGGAAGGUUGUCCCUGAGGGGAUGUGGCCCUCCGGCUGAAAAUGGUUCCCCAUCACUGUCCCGAAAGUGUUGUGCCGUCAGUGAUUAUGUAGUUCCUUCCUGCCAUGUGUGUGCUGCUCAUCCUUUCAGGGCCUAGUAUUUAUGGUUUCCACCCUUCUGUGUGAUCUUUGUUGCUCCUUCUC